AUGACGACUUGCAAAUCCUGUGUUAUGUUGGGCCUGGUGAUUUUAGCAUGCACGUUGGAACGCACCGUCGGAGUCCAAACGGACGCACAAGCAAUGAUGUAUUUAUCUCAAUUCGGUUAUUUGAGUCCUUCUAUGAAAAAUCCGAAUUCAGGUCAUAUUAUGUCCGAGGAAACAAUGGCAAGAGCGUUAAUGGAGUUUCAGUCAUUCGCUGGUCUAAACUUGACAGGUCAUUUGGAUGACGACACGCUGCACUUCAUGAGCAUGCCUAGAUGCGGGGUCCGAGAUAAAGUUGGAUUUGCCACAGACUCGAGAUCUAGGAGAUACGCUUUACAAGGUAGCAGAUGGAGGGUGAAAGACUUGACAUAUAAAAUAUCUAAAUAUCCUAAACUGUUGGAUAAGUCGGAAACGGACAGUGAAGUCCGUAAAGCAUUCGAUGUAUGGGCUGAAGUCACACCGUUGACGUUCACCCACAAAAAAUCUGGACAAGUGCAUAUUGAAAUCAGAUUCGAAAAAGGUGAACAUGGUGAUGGUGAUCCAUUUGAUGGACCGGGUGGUACAUUGGCACAUGCUUUUUUCCCCGUUUACGGUGGUGAUGCUCAUUUUGAUGAUUCAGAAAAAUGGUCCAUUGGUUCGUUUAAAGGUACAAACUUGUUUCAAGUAGCGGCUCACGAGUUCGGGCAUUCGCUGGGUCUGUCGCACUCGGACGUGCGGUCCGCGUUGAUGGCACCAUUCUACAGGGGUUACAAUCCAGCGUUUUCGUUGGACAGCGAUGACAUAGAAGCCAUCCAGGCGUUGUACGGUUCGAACAACUCGGCUGAGGGGGCGGACAGCGGUAGUGACGAAGACAGCACCGGGCAGGGAUCGGGGAAGAAGACGACGACGCAGGAGCCACCGGGCACGGAGGGCAGCGACGCGGAGCUGUGCACCGACACCAAAGUGAACGCGCUGUUCAACUCGGCCGACGGCGAGACGUUCGUGUUCAAAGGUGACUACUACUGGAAGCUGACGGAUAACGGGCUGGCGCAAGGGUUCCCUAAACCGAUCGCGGGCACGUGGUCCGGGCUGCCCGGCAACAUAGACGCAGCGUUUACGUACAAGACCGGCAACACAUACUUCUUCAAGGGCAAGAAAUAUUGGCGGUACAAUGGCACGGCCAUGGACGACGGGUAUCCAAAAGACAUUGCCGAGGGCUUUGCCGGCAUACCCGAUAACGUGGACGCCGCGCUCGUCUGGAGUGGCAACGGGAAGAUAUACUUCUUCAAAGGAACGAAAUUCUGGAAAUUCGACCCGACGCAAAAGCCACCCGUCAAGAGCACAUAUCCUAAGCCGAUCAGCAACUGGGAUGGUAUACCGGACAACUUAGAUGCGGCGCUUCAUUACACGAAUGGAUACACGUAUUUCUUCAAAGACGAUAACUAUUACCGGUUUAACGACAGAACAUUUGCCGUGGAUGUCGCGGACCCUCCGUUCCCCAGGAACGCGGGCUAUUGGUGGUUCGGUUGCAGAGCCGCGAACAAAGGGCAUCAGGACAUGACGGCUGCGUCCAGCGUGCUGAAAUCCACGUGGAUGAACGUGAAACAGGACCACAAGGGCAACCAAAACACGGACGUCGGGGAUCAAAUUAUGGACGCAGAAAACGUUAGUAGCCUCACAGGUACUCUGAAAAUUUGAUAACAGUGUGGAGCACACGGAUUUGUUAUUUCAUCUGUUGAAUGUUUUGGACACGGUAUGUACACGACAAGUGCCAAAUACAAUUGGACCUACCGAGUUAUCGACCGACUACAAACGUACUGAACUUGUUUCCAAAUAUACAUCAGUGUUUAUAUGAGAUAUAUACAUUAUAUACAAAAAUUGUUAUUAGUAUUUGAAAGGAUAAUAUUGCCUUUGGUAUUUAUUCCGAACUUUGAACGUAUGAGUUCAGUGUCGGAUAAACUUCCUUAAGAGACUGAAUUUUACACGUCGUUAUUAUGUAUUAUGUAAUUAAGCUAAUGUCAUUAUGUUUAGUUUUCAUAGUAAAUAAUAUGUUAUUAUGUAUUUGUUUUGUUUGAAAUUAAUAUAAUAUUCAUUUUUUGUAGACAUGAUAUUUUAUACUACAAUUAUGUACUUUUUAAUAAUAUUACCUCACACGUGUGAAUCGAUUUGUUACAUGUAUAGUAUAUUUAGAACAUAAUUCAAUUAUUACAAAAGUUUUAGUGAAACUUGAAAUAUUGUAGUAAUAUAAAUAGAAUUUGUAACCGAUUGAUAAGUGUAUAUUUUUUUGUAAUAUCAUAUUUUUUUUCUUCGUUCGAUUUAAUUGUGUGACAAUCGAAUGUAUGAUUGAAUGGAUACUUUACAACGUUGAUAAAAUACAUUUGAUCGUUUAUAAAA